AUGUCACAAAGAUUUGCUGAUCUCAUAUCCAAGAUUGCCUUACCAGCUGGUUUGACCAUUGCCUUGGCACAAGCAUCCAUGUAUGAUGUCCCAGGAGGUAAAAGAGCUGUGAUCUUUGAUCGUUUAAAGGGGGUUGAACAAAAAGUCAUUGGUGAAGGUACCCAUUUCUUGAUUCCUUGGUUACAAAAAGCAGUUAUCUUUGAUGUCAGAGUAGAGCCUAGAGUUAUUACCACCACCACUGGGUCUAAGGAUUUACAAAAUGUCUCAUUAACAUUAAGAGUUUUAAGCAGACCAGAAGUGAGAAAAUUGCCAUUUAUUUAUCAAAACUUGGGUUUGGACUACGCGGAAAGAGUGUUGCCUGCCAUUGGUAAUGAAAUCUUGAAGUCCAUUGUUGCCCAAUUUGAUGCAGCAGAAUUGAUUACCCAAAGAGAAGUUGUUUCUGCUAGAAUAAGACAAGAAUUAUCAAGAAGAGCAGAUGAGUUCAACAUUGAAUUGGAAGAUGUUUCCAUCACCCACAUGACAUUUGGUAAAGAGUUCACGAAGGCUGUUGAACAGAAACAAAUAGCCCAACAAGAUGCAGAAAGAUCCAAGUAUCUUGUUGAAAAGGCUGAACAAGAAAAGAAGGCAGCUAUUAUCAGAGCAGAAGGUGAAGCUGAAGCAGCUGAUCUUGUGUCGAAAGCAUUGGCCAAAGCUGGUGAUGGGUUAUUGAUGAUUAGAAGAUUAGAAGCCUCUAAGGAUAUUGCCACAACAUUAGCCAAUUCUCCAAAUAUUACAUAUUUGCCAAAUGGUGACAGUGGUAAAGGUGGAGACGGAUCAAAUAACUCAUUGUUGUUGAACAUCGGUCGUUAA